AUGUCUGAAACUAAAAAAGUACGCGCAGGUACUCUAGAAAUUGUUGAAGGUAGUGAUGAAUCUGAUUUUGAACAAGGAAAUAAUAACAAAAUAACAAUAUUAUCAAUCGUAAAUGAAAAAUUUGAUUUAUUAUUAACAAAAUUUGAUAAAAUAGAAACUUCAGUUAAUACUCUCAAGAAAACUGAUGUUGAUACAUUAAUAAUUAAACAAACAACAAUUGAUAUAACAGUAUGUGAAUUACAGAAGGACAAUGUUGAUAAAUCAGCCAGUAUUAUUAACACAGAAAACUGUUGUACAAAAAUCUUGGAAUUAAUUGAAGAAAGAGCGUUAUCCUUCGAAAAUGCAAUUCAACAUGCAUCUGAGCAAAUCAACGAACAAGUUGUUCGUACUGUUCCAUGUGGUACAGAUACCACGCAGAGCACAAGCAUAGAUAAUCCUACAUUUGCAACGGUAUCAGCACCACCAACACCAACUGAAAUCAUAACGUCUGCAAAUGAAUUAUUAUACUCACAUUAUGAUUUUGAACCAUCUGAAAGUUUUACUUCCAAACGACCAUAUGAUAUGAAUGUAGAUAAUGAUGAAGCAUUUAUGUCAACUCCAGAUAGUGCGAAUCGUUUAUUGAAAAGACAAAAAGCUGAUAGUCAAAUUUCAACCAAUAUGUGCACAAAUUUAUUUGCAUCAGUUACAACGUCAAAUGAACCACAAGUAUUUCUUAAUGAUCCCACCACUCAAAGAACAUUUCAGGUUGCAAAAGGAAAGCAUGAUAGACAACAACUAGCAACUAAUCAAGAAUUAUUAAACAAAGAAACCGGCUUCCGUCAUCUUUUAGCCUAUCUUUUUUCAACAUUAUUUACAGAAGAAGAAUUAAAAGUUUCAUCCGUUGACGCCUCUGUCCGUGGUACAAAAGCAUUUGAUCCAAUAAGAGUAGCUGCGAUUGAUAAACAUUUAUUUGAUUUAUAUGGUGCAAGAUAUACAAAAUAUCGUACAAGUAAUCAGUAUAAAGAAUUACUGAAUAAAAAAUGCAACCGAAUAAGGACAAAAUUUAAUAAAAAUAUUAAUAAUUAUUAG